AUGGCAAAAACUAACCCUGGCCGGUCCGGUUUUACCGGUUACCCAUUUUGCAAGUUAUCUCUAGCCCUUCUUUCUCUUGUCGUCCUCGUCGUAGCCGUCACCGCCGAUGAUUCGAACUUUCCGUCAUCAUACACCCGGAGACCCCAACCCUCCAAGAAGCUCACCAAACCGGUGGUUUUGUUGAUUUCCAGCGACGGUUUCCGGUUCGGUUACCAGUUCAAGACGGAGACACCAAACAUCGAUCUCCUCAUAUCCAGAGGAACCGAAGCUAAGACCGGUUUGAUCCCGGUUUUCCCCAGCAUGACGUUCCCAAACCACAACUCAAUCGCCACCGGACUCUACCCGGCUUCCCACGGUAUAAUCAUGAACAAGUUCACAGAUCCCACAACCGGAGAACUUUUCAACAGAAACCUAGACCCGAAAUGGUGGUUAGGUGAACCGUUGUGGGCGACCGCAGUGAACCAAGGGCUCAAGGCUGCUACUUACUUCUGGCCAGGAGCUGACGUCCACAAAGGUUCUUGGACCUGCCCUAAAGGAUUUUGUAAAUCUCCUUACAAUGUUUCGGUCACUCUCGAAGAAAGAGUCGAUACGAUCUUGAGCUACUUCGAUCUUCCUCAGAGUGAUAUCCCGGAUUUCAUGGCGUUGUAUCUGGAUGAAACGGACAUACAGGGCCAUAGAUAUGGCCCCGAUGAUCCUCGGGUCACUAUAGCUGUCGCGAAGAUCGACCAAAUGAUUGGUAGGGUCCUCAAAGGGCUAAAGAAGAGGAAGGUGUUUGGUGAUGUUCAUGUGAUAUUGCUUGGUGAUCACGGAAUGGUUACUAACUGUGACAAGAAAGUAAUUUACAUUGAUGAUUUAGCGGAUUGGAUCAAGAUACCUGCGGAUUGGAUUCAAGAUUACAGUCCUGUGCUAGUAAUGAAUCCGAGGUGGGGCAAAGAUGUCAAGAAUCCGGGAGAGAAGAACGCGGAAGUUGUGGCGAAGAUGAAUGAAGCUUUGAGCUCAGGGAAAGUAGAGAACGGAGAGUUUUUGCAGGUUUACUUGAAGGAGAAGUUACCGGAAAGGCUGCAUUAUUCCGAUAGUUCUCGGAUUCCGCCGAUUAUAGGAAUGGUCGGAGAAGGUCUCUUGGUUAGACAGAACAGAACAAACAAGCAAGAGUGUUAUGGAGAUCAUGGAUAUGACAACUUAUUCUUCUCCAUGAGAUCUAUCUUUAUCGGACAUGGUCCUAGGUUUAAGAGAGGACGGAAAGUGCCGUCGUUCGAGAAUGUUGAGGUCUACAAUGUCAUUGCAGAGAUUCUUGGACUCCGACCAGCUCCGAACAAUGGCUCCUCUUUGUUUACUCGUAGCCUUCUCGUGCCCGUCGGAGAAACAGCGCAAGUAGAAUGA